AUGGCAACUUUACCAUCUGUGCCCGGUUCCUCACAAGCCCACAACGCAUUGGACUCUAUACUGUCUGCUCCGUGGACAUUUCUUCACCCGACAAACAAUGUAUAUACUGACACUGUCCACUCUGCGAAAAGUCUCUUCGAUUCGCUAGCCAAAUCUGUCAGUGAAACUCAGUAUGCGCGCCAGAAGUUCAAUCGGAAACGCAAACGAUCUGAAGUCGAUGAAGAUACGACGAACCAGCUUCUUCGACUAAAACAGCUUUAUGUCGAUGGUUUCACUUCGGACCAGAUAUGGGAACAGGCCAUGCUUAUCCUUGAGUCGGUUGGACUUGAGGUAAAACGGGAUAUCUCUUUAAGGGUGCCGUGUGAUACAAAAUCAUCCGAUGAGGAGACUGGAAUCAGCGAUUUCGAUGAUGACGAAGAAAGGAACGAUACCUUUGAUCAGCAAGAAUCCGAGUUAUAUGACGAGCAAUUGCAAGAAACUGCAUCGGAAACUUUGGAUAUGGACAUCUUGGGGUCUGAGCAGGAAGAUCCGUCUGACGAUGUCUACAUGCAGGAUCCUUUUGGCCUGAAUGAUGGCUUCUUUUCCAUCGAUGAUUUCAACAAGCAGACUGAAUUCCUAGAACAACUAGACGCCAAAGGGGAGCCAGAGGAUGAAAGCGAUGACGAUGAUAUUGACUGGCACGCUGAUCCUCAUGCUUUGGGAGGGGCAUCCUCGAUCCCUGCUAAAUCUUCCCGCCCAAAGAACCAAAAUGACGCGGAGGUCAAUGAUUCUGAUGAGAGUAGUGAAGAUGAUGGGCCCACCUUCGGCGACAUGGAGCUAGAAUCAGGGCUGGAGGAUGAAAACGAAUCCUCCUUUGGCGACGAAGAAAAUCCAGGGUUUCUCAAUACAAAUGACAUCAAGUACGCCGACUUCUUUGCACCUCCUCCCCGGAAAGUUACAUCUAAGAAGUUCCGUGCUCUUCCCAAAACCCAGCCUGCCAUCCAAGAAGACGAUAUUGAACGGGCAAUGGCAGAUGUUCACCGUGAUUUGUUUGCUGAUGGUAUGUCAGUGGAGGACGAGGACCCCUUUGCUACGCCUGAUGGCGAUAAGGAUCUCAGAUCCACACAUGAAAGACAACGAGCACGUAUUGCAGAUGAAAUCCGUCGUUUGGAGGCGGCAAAUAUUGCCAAAAAAGAUUGGAUGCUUGCUGGUGAAGCCAGGGCCCCCGAAAGACCGACCAACUCUCUCAUCGAAGAAGAUCUAGAGUUCGAAAGAAUCGGCAAACCCGUUCCCGUGGUUACAAAUGAGUUAACAGAAGGCAUCGAAGAACUUGUGAAACGUCGAAUUAUCGCUAAGGAGUUUGAUGAAGUCAUCCGCCGUCGUCCUGGGGUUUCUGAUGGCCAAGCUACAAAGAGAGGCCGAUUCGAACUUGAGGACACCAAACCACAACAAAGUCUCGCUGAGCUUUAUGAGACUGAACAUCUUCGCACAGCAGACCCAAAUUUCCUAGACAAGAAAGAUCAAAAGUUAAUGAGGGAACACAGCGAGAUUUCCAACUUGUGGAAGGAGAUCAGUUCUCAGUUAGACACUCUGUCUAAUUGGCAUUACAAACCAAAUGUACCUCAGGCAACUAUCAGCAGUAUUGCAGAUGUCGCAACAAUCACAAUGGAAGAUGCCCGUCCAACGGUCAGUCAUUCCAUCAAUGAACAAGCCACGCUGGCGCCACAGGAAAUUUAUACUCCUGGUGACGACGGUAAAAUCAACGGCGAAGUGAGUCGCAAGAAUGGUGCAUCUAUAGCCAAGGAGGAAAUGUCACGGGAAGAAAAGUCUAGGAUGCGUCGGCAGGAGAAGGAGAGGCAGAAGAAGGCUGGUUUUGAAGCCGGUUCCAAGAACUCCAACAAGAUAUCCGAGAAGCAGCAAGUUAUUUCAAACUUGAAGAAGGGAGGUGUCAAGCUUAUCAGUAAGCAGGGUGAGGUGACGGAUAUUCAUGGUAGUCGUGUUGGUAAUGGGCAUCAAAAAGCGGGUGCCGAUACAUUGAAGCUAUAG